GUGAACAUGUUCUCUGCCAGGAAGUUGUCUGGACUUUGCAGAGCCAUCGGAUUCCAUCAUUUCAGAUCCCAUUCUGUAUCCAGAACCUCUCCAAACUUGGCGUUUGUGCCAGCCUGUCUUCCCCCAGAUCCCAGGGAAGUAGAGUUGCUGCAGCGCUUUGUUUCUAACUCCAAGAGGCUGUUUGUAAUGACUGGAGCUGGAAUCUCGACUGAAUCAGGGAUCCCAGAUUACCGCUCUGAAGGUGUCGGGCUCUAUGCCAGGACAGACAGACGGCCCGUCCAGCACGCUGAGUUCGUUCGCAGCGCCAGUGCCCGGCAGCGGUACUGGGCAAGGAACUUUGUGGGCUGGCCCCAGUUCUCCGCCCACCAGCCAAACACAGCACACCUGGUACUCAGGGACUGGGAGAAGCUGGGAAAGCUGCACUGGCUGGUGACCCAGAAUGUGGAUGCCCUUCACACCAAAGCCGGGAGCCAGCGCAUGACAGAAUUGCACGGCUGCACGCACAGAGUUUUCUGCCUGGCCUGUGGAGAUCAAAUCUUGCGCUCUGAGCUUCAGAAGCACUUUGAAGCUCUGAAUCCUACCUGGAAAGCUGAAGCAUUCGGUGUGGCUCCAGAUGGGGACGUCUUCCUAACAGAUGAGCAGGUGCGUAAUUUCCAGGUCCCAGCCUGCCAUAAAUGUGGUGGAAUUCUGAAGCCUGACGUGACAUUCUUUGGAGACACAGUGAGCCGGGAAAAAGUGGAUUUUGUGCACCAACGCCUGGCAGAAUCGGACUCCAUGCUGGUGGCAGGAUCCUCUAUGCAGGUGUACUCUGGUUACAGGUUUGCUCUCGCUGCCCGGGAGAAGCAGCUGCCAAUUGCCAUCCUUAAUAUUGGACCCACAAGGUUAGAUCACUUUGCAUCCUUAAAACUGAAUUCCCGCUGUGGAGAGCUGCUGCCUUUGAUUGUUGCACAUGACCCAACAAGCUGA